CUUAUGGGCUGGCCACCAUAUGUCAAAGGAGGACCCCAUGCAAAGUGUGAAGGAGCCUUUCGGGUUUUAACUGCAGACAGUGCCACUGCCAAGAGGAGGCCUUGGCUGUUCUGCCGUUCGCCAGUGCCUUCGUACUACCCUCCCCCUGGUGCUUAAAAGGACGCCAUAUUCUUCUCUACUCUUGCCAACACUACACUCUCUCUGAGGAACUUGAAGUUGCCACCUUUCUUUUCCUUUCUGCUUGGAUCGAUGGAGGACAUGCAGAGAAGCAACCGAGGCCGGGUCUACUCUCUCAAACCAAAUGCCACAAUAUACACUGGCUUUGCGCAUAAAUAUGUGAGUCAUCUCUUGCCAGCUCUUACUAAAGCCACUAACAUUUUCUCUUGCGGUGGAAAUAAAGAUGAGAACAUGGAAAAGAUGGUGAGAUUCGAAGUGGACAUGGCACUAGUGCUUUCUGCCAGUGGUUUCAAAUGGAGCCAUGCCUUGAAACACAAGCUCGAGCAACGCGUGAGCUCAAAUCAACUUCUUCAUCAGUUCGCACCAUACCAAUCAAGCAUCUUGCGAGUGAACAAACACAAAACGCUGGUCGACCAUCUUCGAACACCCCUCUCCAUUCCUAAACCUCUAGUUCCCACGAAGGCAAAUGGGCCAAAGAGAACAUGCCGGCGGAGGAGUUACAAUAAGAAGACUAGAGGAGAGAAGGAAUUUGGUUGCCGCAUUAGGAUUCUGAGGAGGAUUUUGCCUGGUGGCAAUGAGAUGGGUCUGUGCGAGUUGCUCUCUGAAGUGGAGAGCUAUGUAAUUUGCCUACAGUUGCAGGUGAACGUCCUCAAGUCUCUUGUUGAGACCCUUUGAAGUGUUUUCAGUUUCAUGGGCUCGGUUUUCAGCAAGAAUUAUAAGCCGUGUAGCAUUCACUGUUAGGAUGCCAGAAUGUAGAGAGAGUUUAAAUUAAUGUUUUUGGGAAGGAACACAAUCUUCAAACGUAAUGUUAGCUCGUAAGUUGGAUGUUUUUUG